GCACUUGGUUAAUGACCUACAACUUCCAGGGGUAUUUUGAAGCCAAUGGAGUUAACCUUGUAGUAUACGCCUGAAGAAAGACUUAUGAUCGACAUUAGAAAAAUAUCCAUAAAAAUCACAGGACCUUCAUGUACAGUCGUUUCUGAAAAGACAUUAAUAACAAUUGGUCGCAAAAGUCAUGUUCCUGUUGAUGUAUGUCUUAACGAUUCUGAAUGCGUAUCUCGCAAACAUUUGGAAAUACAUAGAAAAGACAAAGAUAUCUAUCUCAGGUGUCUCAGCAAAAACGGAAUUUUUAUUGAUGGAUUGUUUCACAUGAAUAGACCAGAUUUUGUUCUGCUAUCCGAUGGAUGUAAACUAAGGUUCCCGAGUACUAAUAUAGUGCUUGUUGUAGAGGUGGUGGAACUAGAGUCUUUCUGCCACCCUAAGAAAAGAGCUUUUUGGCGAUCUCCGCAUGACACCACUAGACUUGGGGACACUGCACUGGCUUUCAAUGAACAAAGCGUUCGAAGAGUAACAGAAGCGCUUAAUUCAUCCUGUCUAGAAUCCAAAGGAUUUGAACGGAAACCUUUCAGUGAAGUGAUCGAUGUUUCAUCUACUAGCGCUCUUCCUCCUGCUUCUGCUGCUGCUGCUGCUGUUGGAGAAGUAAACGAUACUACUGCUACCACUACUACUACUACUACGAGUAAUAAGGCAAAAAUUAGUGAAGAAAACACCGUCCCAACUCUAUAUAAUUACUCUCCAUCUACACAGGAACACUACCGCAACACUUUCAUGCCAACUAGUGUCCCAGCAGCGCCUAUCGAACCUUUGUUUGUACAAACAGAUGACGAUGACAAUGCUAGUAUCCCAGUGAUAAAAGCAGCUACAACAGUCUUACAGAAUUUUAUUCGAAAUGAUAGUCAAUCCAUUCUACCCUUUAGCAUGGACGUUGAUAGCAUAUUACAAAAUGAAAAUUCUGAUCUAGCGACAAAAAUGAACAGCAUCGCUAGAUUGUUCGCCUUCAAUUCACUUGCCCAAUUAUCGGAGUUUGGUGCACACAAACAAAGUAGUACUCCAUCAUUUCCAAGCUUGAUAAAUUUCCCUUUCAGUCAACUGUGUGAUCCCAGUUCCAUUGAAUCUAAUUACUGCUCAUAUGAUCACAAUAUUUCAGAGCUAAUGAAAAAUCCUCUCGCACAACUGAAGUUGUCUGAAACUGCUGACGUAUCAUCAAUAAAGUUGAACAAUUUUGAUAAAAGUGCAAUAGGAACAGAAGAUUUAGAUGAUACAACUACUACGGAUUCAGGUAUUGCUGCAGUCCACCAUGAUAGUCUUUCCUUUGGUGAAAUACACAAUGAUAAUAAUAAUAAUAAUAAUAAUAAUAAUAAUAGUGAUAACGGUGGGAAUCAAGAGGCUGAAUCCAAUGUAAACAAGCUGGCUGCAAAUUUAGCGUCAACAGCAACAAUCGAUCGAGGUUCAGCAUUUCGUAAACCCCCAUAUUCAUAUGCUCAGCUAAUUAUACAAGCUAUUGCGUCAUCACCAAAUCAACGGUUAACUUUAGCUGAUAUCUAUGCACAUAUUUCACGAACAUUUCCAUACUAUAAACCUCAUGAAAAAGGUUGGCAGAAUUCAAUACGUCAUAAUUUAUCGCUAAAUCGUUAUUUUAUACGUGUACCACGUUCACAUUCUGAACCGGGUAAAGGUGCAUUUUGGCAAUUAGAUCCAUAUUGUGAAGCAUGUUUAAUUAGUCAAGCAUUUCGUAAACGUCGUCAAACAUCAUCAAAAUCAUCAUCGUCAUCAGCUGACUUGAAUUUAACUAAUCAUUCAAAUAAUAAUAAUAACAACAAUAACAACAGUAUCAGUAAUACAAACCAAUAUGAUGACGAUGAUGAUGGAGAAGAGGAGGGGGAUGGUGAGGAGGCGGUAGAACCAGAAGAAGAAGCAGAAGAAGAAACCAAUUAUAGUCAUAACAGUUGUCAUGACAACGGUGACGGUGUGAACAACAUUGAUAAUAAUAAUAAUAAUAGCAACAACAACAGAAACAGUUUUGAUAACGAUAGUUACCAGUUUCUAUCUAGUAAAGAAUCUCAAAAUGAUGAUAAUAAUAAUGAUAAUGGUAACGAAAAUAAGAAUAAUCUAUUUUGUAAUACAUUUAUGAAAAAUCCUUUCAUCACUAUCCCUUCAUCGUCAUGCUUAUCAUCACCAUGUGCCUUUGUACAAAGUAAUUAUUGCUUACAACCACCGCCGCCGCCACUACCAGUACCACAAUCGGAAGAACAAUCUUCAUUGAAUACUGCUUUAUGUGUAUCUUCAUGCAUAACUCCCUCAUCAUCGUUGUCAACAUCAUCAUCAUCAUCAUCAUCAUCUCCGGUAUUAUUGGGUAUUGAUCAUCAACGUCUUCAAUGUAUGCCUCCAUCAAUUAUUAGAACAUUACAACAACAACAACAGAAUUCCCAGGAAGCAUUAUUAUCCAGUUCAAUUCCAAUGGAAAAUGAAGAUUUAUCAUCAUCUAAUCAUAAUGAUGGAUUAUCAUCAUCAUCAUCACAGCAACAAUCUCGUUCCACUAUACUGUCACGUGAUAGAGAUACAGCUGCACUGCUGACAAGUAAUAAUUCCAGUGUAAGCCGCCUACACUUCAAAAAACAAUCAUUGAAUGGCACUGCAUUGAAUUCUUCGGAUAAUAAAAUUUCACGUAGCUUAAUGAAACUACCUGAAAUCCCUUCAGAUUUAAACAAUAAUAAUAAUAAAAAUACACCAACAAUCUUGUCUAUGCCUAAUUUCAACAACUGGGAUUUUAAGAAUUCUGAUUGGUUGAAAUUGUCUAGUGUUGCAAAUACCUUGUUAUCGGCGUCGUCUUCACCACCAACAGCAACAACAACAACACCAGCUACAAUUAAGACACCACUUCAAGGAUUAUGGGAGUUAUCAGAAGCAGAAUUUCACAGAAAGAGUUUAUCUUAUGUAGCACAAAUGAUCAAAGCGAAUAAUCAGAAUUUAAGUAAUAGUAAUAAUGAUAAUAAUAAUCCUACAAUGUCAUUUAUGAAUAAAACUAAAACUGAUUUAGAGCAUGAAAGUGACCACCAUCAUCCCCUGCCUAAUGAUAGUCCAACUGAUUUAAGCACCGCCGUCGCCGACACCACCAAUGCAACAGUAAACAACACCAGGAAUACAAUAGAAUCUACACAAACUCGUAAACAUCGAUAUUCAUCCGAUGAGCUGUUAUUGACAAGAACAACAUCAACAACACCAUCACCUAGAACAUCACUAUUAAGUGCAUCAUUAUCACCACCAUUUUGGGCAUCUAAAUGUUCACGAUCAUUCGAUGAUAAACAACCACAACCACCACCCCAACAACACCAACAGCACUAUGAUGAAACCAUAAAGAAUCCUUUUUAUACAACAAGUUCAGCUUUUUAAACACAAAUGAUGCAAUCCUAGAGUUUAUUAAUAUUAUUACUAAUAUCCUUAACAUUAUGAUUAUUACUCUACCACUAUUGUUCUUCUUCCCCACCCCCACCGUUUUGUCCCAAUGGAUGGAUACACGCAUACACGCACACAUCUACAUAUGUUCAUACUUGAUACGAUAUUAAUUGGCUUCUUUUAAAAAGAGAGGGACAAUAUGAUGGUGAUGAUGUUGGUGAGAGACCACACAGAUCAAAUUAUGUUUUGCUCAAAUAGCUAACUAGCUAACUAACUAUAAACGCUUCCUUUGACAUACAUACACACCCACACAACUUGAUACAUAAACGCACACAUACGUGUGUGUAUAUAUAUAUAUGUAUGUAUGUAUAUGCUGCAGUGAAGCAAGCACCGCUAUGAAGCACUAGAGUUACAUAUUACUAUUAUUAUUAUUACUACUAUUUCUCCUAUGUACAAGAACCGUGCAUUAUUAUUAUUAUUACUACCAUUAUUUCUUCAUUGAAAGAAUAAAAUAUUUUAUAG